AAUUUAAGGAAGCGUUUUCCCUUUUCGACCGGACCCCCAAGUCGGAGAUGAAAAUCACCUACGCCCAAUGUGGAGACGUCCUGAGGGCUUUGGGGCAGAACCCGACCCAGGCUGAGGUCAUGAAGUUGCUUGGCAGACCCAAACCUGAAGGGGAGAGGCUGACUGAGGAGGAAGUGGAUAAAUUGAUGGCUGGGCAGGAAGAUGCCAACGGCUGCAUCAACUACGAAGCUUUUGUGAAACACAUCAUGGCCAACUGAGCCCAGGACAAGAUAAGCACCGAGAAUUCCGGAUACUGGCCUUGGAUUUCCAUCUGCUGGAAUUUCCCCUUGUUUUUCAGCCCAGACUCCCAUUCCAGAGCUCCAAAAUGGGCCGAAAUCCCUAAAGAUAUUUGGAUAUUUUUGUUUAGUUUGCCUUGCUCCUCCGUGGGAAGAGGGUGGAACCUGUGGAGAUCCUAUGGAAGAAACUGGAAUGUGAACGAUGAAUCCCUGGGAAUUUCUUGAGGAUGAAGGAUAUAAACAGAAAUACAAAAGUCAGGAAAAAGGAGGAAUUAUUUUCAUUAAUAAAUCCAUCAAAAAAUUAUUGAUCCCUUUUCCCAUCCCAAACUCCACCUUUUCCCUGUGUUUAUGGGACACCAGUGUAAAUUCCAGGAAUAUCCUUCAUCCUUUGGGAAAAACUGUGAAAUUCCCAGAAAUCACCAACAAACAGAACCUUGCUGAUGUUUUUUCCUCUGCGUUGAAUGAUGGAAAAUUAAGGAUGUAAAAGAAAAAAAAAAAUCCCAAAUUAAAGCAAAAUUUGCUAAAAUCCAUCUUUUCUCCAUGAGGAUUCCUUCCCAUUCCAAUAAUUUCCCUAGGAAACAAGGAAAAGUCUUCCCCAAAGGAAAAUUGGAAGUUGUUCUAAUAAACACACCUCAGUCCUGGA